GUGUUUGUUACAUCACACCAGCAAUAUCUCAAGAAAUCCAAGGGUUCCUGGUCAUUAUUGUAUCCCUUUAAUAAACAUAAAAAUAAACUUCUUAUCCUUUGUUAUGUGAUAUAUGCUGAAGAUCAAGCAAUUGAAAUUGCAGUUAAUGUAAUAAUUUGGAUGAUAUAAUGGAGUCCACAGUCCAGACACUCACCAGAAGUUUCAACAUUAGCUUCUGUUCAAAAAUGGCAGUCCAUAUUUUACAGAACGAAAUAAAAGAUACGAAGGGAUCAAAUUUUGUGUUUUCUCCUUUGUCAUUUCAAUCCAUGUUAAGCCUAAUUGCUGUUGGCUCAAAAGGUUCCACUUUAGCACAGCUGCUUUCCUUUAUAGGACCGAGGAGUAUCAAAGAGCUAAUUGAUAUGGCUUCAAUUGUCAAUUCAGUAUUUUUCUCAGCAAAUGAAAGCAAGUGCCUGGAAACAGGUCCAACUAUCUCAUUUGUCAAUGGAGCUUGGGUGGACCAAACGUUUGGUUUGAAGCCUUCUUAUGAGGAAGUGUUGAAAGGCGUUUAUCAUGCCACAGCCAAGGAGGUUGACUUUGUAAACAAGGCUGAUCAAGUGAUAGAUGAAGUUAAUUUAUGGGUAGAGGAUGCAACAAAAGGACUCAUCAGAAACCUCCUACCACAGCAUUGUCUAGAAAGUGAUACUGCUCUUGUUCUUGCCAAUGCAAUCUACUUCAAAGGAGCAUGGGAUCGAAAAUUUGAUGAAUUGAAAACUAAGCAGAGAGAAUUCCACCUUCUUAGUGGCCAAAUCGUUCAAGCUCCUUUCAUGACCAGCAAGGCGCAUGAAAUCCAUCUUUAUGGAUCCUUUGAUGGCUAUAAGGUUCUCAAGCUGCCUUACCAAACUAGUCAAGAUAACAGGCAAUUUUCUAUGUAUUUCUUGCUUCCAAAUGCAAUCGAUGGACUGCAUAGUCUAAUACAAACUUUCCAAUCCAAUCCUGAAGUUUAUAACAGCCGAUUCGAGUUACGAGAAGAGGAGCUACCUGAAUUUUGGAUUCCCAGAUUCAAGUUUUCAUUCAAGUUUGAAGCCUCAGACACCUUGAAGGAACUGGGACUGGAGCAACCUUUCAAUCAUUUGGCAGAAUUCACAGAGAUGGUUGAUUCUCCAAAUUUACUUGUGUUAUCAAAAAUAUUCCAUGAGUCUUGUAUUGAAGUAAAUGAAGGAGGAACAGAAGCAGCAGCUAGUACUGCUCCCGAAUUCAGGUGGUUAUGUGCCAGGUUGAAUCCGCCAAGCUUCGUAGCUGACCAUCCCUUUAUGUUCAUGAUCAAAGAGGAAAAGUCAGGAAUAGUGUUCUUCAUUGGAGCUGUACUCAACCCUCUCUUGGUUACUUAGAAAUUUAGCUUAAUCACCAAUGCUUAAUUAACAAUGCAUAAACUUCGAUAUGAUGAUGAA